GCCGCACCAAUCAGUCUCGUAACCCUAAUACACCCAUACCCCUUGCAUCCAAGGCACCCUCUACUUUCUUCUAUCUUAUAUUCAUAUUAUUCAGUUUUGCUUCCACUAUUUCCAACCGAUCUCCCUCAAUUCACACUUUUUUGCAAUCGUUAUUCAUCAUCAUCAUACUCCGAUAAUCACGAACUCGCAUCGGAAAUUUCGCAAGGUUUGUAGUGAGGUUAGAUUGGAGUAAUCUAUUUGUUGAUUGAGAUGUUAGCAUAUAUGUUCGCAGCCACCACGACUCCAAUUGUAGCCAUCACCACCGUUCGCAGCCACCACGACCGCUCGCAACUACCACGACAGCUCGCAACAACCACCGUCGGUUCUGGGAAGUUUGUGGUGGUAUUAGAUUAGAGUAAUCUAUUCGUCGAAUUAGCACUGCGUAGAUGGGGAAAAAGAAGACGGUAGCUCGUGACGAGGAGAACGUUGGGGGUGCGGGUAAGUCGAGAAAGAAAGCUGUGGUAAUUGAUGAUGAUGAGUAUUCGAUCGGAACGGAAAUGUCAGAGGAGAAGUCGGUUCAGGGAGAGGAGAACGUGGCGCCGGUCGCUGGUAAGAAAAAGGGGAAGAAGGGUAAGAAUACGCGACUGAAUGAGGAUGCUGAAGAUGUUGAUGAUGGGGAUGACGGUUUGGAGAUUCAGUUUGCUGGUAAGAAGAAAUCGAAGCCGAAGGGGAAAAAGGGUGGGAAUUCGUUUGCUGCUUCGGGUUUUGCAUUGCUUGGUGACGAAGAUGCGGAUGAGAAUGUGACUAAGGAUGAAGAAGAUGAUGAUGUUAGCGAGGAAGAUGUUAGUGUCGUGUUUGGUGGAAAAAAGAAGUCGUCGAAGGCGAAAAAGGGUGGUAGUUUGUUUACGGGUUCAGCAUUUGAUGCAAUUGGGGAUGAUGAUGAUGAUGAUGAUUUAGAAUUAAAACAACAAUCGGAUCAAGAAGAUGAUGAAGAUGAGGAGCCAGUUAUUUCCUUUACCGGGAAGAAGAAAUCGUCUAAAGCAAAUAAGAAACCGAGUGGUAGCGUCUUUUCAAUGCUUGAUGAUGGAGAGAAUGAUAACGAAAGUGAAGAAGAUGCGCCCAUUACCUUCACGGGAAAGAAAAAGUCUAGCAAGUCAUCAAAGAAGAAAAACAUUCCAUCUGAUAAUGAGGAUGUUUCGGUCUCGGGAUUGAGUGUUGAAGAUGCUGCUGAUCAUGAUGAAGAAGAUUCUUCUACGAUCAAGUUUUCUGGUAAAAAAAAGCCAUCCAAGAAGAAAAACACUAACACCGUUGACGAACGUGAACAAGUACCAGAACAAGCUAGCAAAGAGUCAGUUGCUCCGGAAACUUCCAAGAAUAAAAAGAAGAAAAAGAAAGGUGGAAGAACGGCUCAAGAAGAGGACGACCUUGACAAAAUUCUUGCAGAACUCGGUGAAGCUCCCGCUCCCGCCGCAGUUCCCCCAUUUUCCGCUGUAGAACCGCCACAAGAGGAGAAGGUUCAACCUCAGGCUGAACCAGUGGUUGAUGAAGAUGGUGAAAAGGAUGGAAAUGAAGAGGCUGUUGAGUCUGCAGCGGCUAAAAAGAAGAAAAAGAAGAAGGAAAAAGAAAAAGAAAAGAAGGCUGCUGCUGCAGGAAAGACUACUGCAACCCCUGUUGUAGAGGAAAAGCCAGUAGAAUCAAAGGGUAAAGUACCCGAUAAGAAGGUUCCAAAGCAUGUUAGAGAGAUGCAAGAAAGACUUGCAAGACUUAAAGAAGCAGAAGAGAAAAAGAAAAGGGAAGAAGAAGAGAAGUUAAGAAAGGAAGAAGAGGAACGCUUACGUAAAGAAGAAGAGGAACGCCAAGCAGAAGAAAGAAAGCGCUUGAAAAAAGAACGAGAAAAAGAAAAAAUGUUGAAAAAGAAACAAGAAGGGAAACUUUUGACCGCAAAACAGAAGGCAGAAGCUCAGCGGUUGGAGUUAAUGCGGAAUCAAUUUCUCGCUAAAACGGGUGGUCUGCCGCAACCGACCGGAGAAACUACUACUCAUGCACCCACAAAACGACCCAAGUAUGUAACGAAGAAAUCAAAGCCACAACAGCAUGCGAACGGGAAAUCCUUUACUUCCAUCCAGGACGACAAUGUCUCUGAACUCGGUUCUGUAGAUGCUGACAAGGCUGAUGACGUGGACACGGAGAACGUGGAGGAGAAAACCGAGGCUCCUGCUGUUGAACAAGAGAGCGGGAACAAAGAAGACGAUGAGUCAGAUGAGGAAUGGGAUGCAAAGAGUUGGGACGGUGCUGAUCUCAAACUGCCAGGUGUCAGUGCGUUUGGUGACGAGGAGGAAGCUGCAGAACCCGAACCCGAACCGGAACCCGCACCUGUAGUUAAAAAAGAUGUUAAGACCAAGGAAGUGCCUCAAAACCAGCCCGCACCAGUUGUCGCAAACAAAGGUAAACAAAAAGCUGUUAAUGGUAAAAAGGAAGAUAAGGAAGAAGAAGAAGGUGAAAAGACGCUUCGGUCUCCAAUUUGCUGCAUUAUGGGUCAUGUCGAUACUGGAAAAACCAAGUUGCUUGAUUGUAUUAGAAGGACUAACGUUCAAGAAGGUGAGGCUGGUGGAAUCACUCAACAAAUUGGUGCCACCUAUAUUCCUGCUGAUAACAUUCGUGAGAGAACAAAAGAGUUAAAAGCAGAUGCAAAACUUAACGUCCCUGGUUUAUUGGUUAUUGAUACACCUGGGCAUGAGUCUUUCAAGAACUUAAGGUCUCGGGGUUCUGGUUUAUGUGAUAUUGCCAUUUUGGUUGUUGACAUUAUGCAUGGCUUGGAACCGCAAACCAUUGAGUCGCUAAACCUUUUAAGAAUGAGGAAUACUGAAUUUAUCGUCGCCCUGAAUAAGGUUGACAGAUUAUACGGGUGGAAAGUAUGCCGAAACGCACCAAUUGGGAAGGCAAUGAAACUGCAAUCUAGGGAUGUUCAACUCGAAUUCGAACAUAGGCUCACUCAGAUAAUUACACAAUUUAAGGAGCAAGGAAUUAAUACUGAAUUGUACAGCAAGAACAAAGAACGGGGGGAAACUUAUAGUAUCGUACCCACUAGUGCUAUCAGUGGUGAAGGCAUACCAGAAAUGUUAUUACUACUCGUCCAGUGGGCUCAGAAGACAAUGGUUGAAAAACUAACAUACAGCAAUGAAAUUCAGUGUACGGUAUUGGAGGUUAAAGUCAUAGAAGGUCUUGGAACUACCAUUGAUGUGGUAUUGGUUAACGGUGUGCUUCGUGAAGGAGACGAGAUUGUUGUUUGUGGCUUUCAGGGACCGAUUCAUACCACAAUUCGUUCCUUAUUGACUCCCCAUCCCAUGAAAGAACUUCGAGUAAAGGGAGCCUACAUUCAUCACAAGGAAAUCAAAGCUGCACAAGGGAUCAAAAUUACUGGACAGAAUCUUGAGCACGCAGUGGCGGGAACCGCUCUAUAUGUGGUGGGGCCAGAUGAUGACGUGGAUGAGAUCAAAGAAUCAGUGAUGGACGAUAUGAGGAAUGUAAUGAGUAGAAUCGAUAAAAGCGGCGAAGGAGUUUACGUGCAAGCAUCUACUCUCGGAUCACUAGAAGCAUUACUCGAGUUUCUAAAAACACCGGUUGUCAGCAUACCCGUUAGUGGUAUAGGUAUAGGUCCCGUACAUAAAAAAGAUGUUAUGAAGGCUAGUGUGAUGCUAGAAAAGAAGAAAGAGUAUGCGACAAUUUUGGCUUUUGAUGUUAAAGUGACCCCAGAGGCCCGGGAGCUUGCUGAUGAUAUCGGUGUCAAGAUUUUUAUAGCUGAUAUUAUUUACCACCUGUUUGAUCAAUUUAAGGCGUAUAUCGAUAAUCUUAAAGAAGAAAAGAAAAGAGAAGCUGCUGAAGAUGCCGUGUUUCCAUGUGUUCUCCAGAUUAUGCCGAACUGUGUGUUCAACAAGAAGGAUCCAAUUAUUCUGGGUGUCGAUGUUAUUGAGGGCAUCCUUAAGAUUGGAACUCCAAUUUGCAUUCCUCAGAGGGAUUUUAUUGAUAUUGGGCGGAUCUCGUCCAUCGAGAAUAACCACAAGCCUGUCGACUAUGCCAAGAAAGGACAGAAGGUGGCUAUCAAGAUAACGGGAAGCAAUGCUGAGGAGCAGCAAAAAAUGUUCGGGAGACAUUUUGAGAUGGAGGACGAACUUGUCAGCCACAUCACAAGAAACUCCAUCGAUGUCUUAAAGGCCAAUUAUCGGGAUGAGUUGAGCAACGAAGAAUGGAAGUUGGUGGUCAAACUGAAACAUCUUUUCAAGAUUCAAUGAGUCAUGCUUUCCCUUUUAAAGUAAGUCGUGGCGGCGGUGGCAACAACGGCUUAACGUAUACAGAGAGGUUCAAUUAAAAACACCAAAAAGUGACGUACACAUCAAUAUCAUCAAAAAUUUCAGAAACAGGUUUGCAAGAUCUGGUCUCUCGAUUGUCUGUCUUGAUUUGAUCCAUAAGUAACAUCUGACUCGAUCUGAAUGAAUCUUGUUUUUGCUAUGGAAACCAUUUUUGGAUUCUUUGAAUGUUUGUGCAAUUUUUCAUCUUUGCGUAA